AACGUAAAACAAAGCUCUCUCUCUCUCUCUCUCUCUCUCUCUCUCUCUCUCUCUCUCUCUCUCUCUCUCUCUCUCUCUCUCUCUCUCUCUCUCUCUCUCUCUCUCUCUCUCUCUCUCUCUCUCUGUGUGUGUGUGUGUGUGUGUGUGUCUCUGUAUCUUCAAGUUUUGUACUGCCUAGAUGCAUGUUUAUGUGGCAACAUCAUUACCGAGCCUAAAUUGGUUUCUUGGGUUGUUUGGUUCCUCGGCCAAGAAAGUACACAUUUCUGGCACCAAAAUUGAUGAAUCUUUGUCCUUAGUAGGGACCAUAUUGUUGGCAAUUGUGAUUGGUGUUAUGUUGUUGUACUUGUACCGGUCGGGAGAAAGUGAAGAACUCAAUUCUAAUUAUACCAAUGAGGUUGACGAAGGUGAGCUGGAGGAGCACAUCAUCGAUGAAUCAGACAGGGAUUUUGAUUGGGAUCAACAGCUUCAUCGUCGGACUUCCGAGCGCGGUGGUGCGUCAAGAAGACAUGUUCCGUGUGCAUCCUGUGGUGAUCAAAGCACCACUAGGUGCGCUCGCUGCAAGGUUGCUAGAUAUUGCUCGGUGGAAUGCCAAAUUGGACAUUGGAGGUCGUGGCAUAGAUAUGAAUGCUUUAAAAUAGAGACGGAAGAAGGUGAAGCAAGAGAUGUUCAUGCUCACCAAAACCCCAUGCUUGUCGACAAUUAUCAUAAUGAGAGUAUCUCAAAUGGGUUACAUGGUAAUGGAGUCGAAUUGAUGAGUUCAAAUUCGGGAACAAUGGAUGGAUCAAGUAGUAGUGAUGUGAACAACUCUCAUGUUGGUUGUGAACAAUGUGGUAGUCCAAGUACCACCAGAUGCUCACGAUGCAAAGCCGUCAGAUACUGUUCUACAAUGUGUUUGAUUAUGAACUGGAAAUGGCAUAAAUAUAAAUGCAUUCCAGGGGAUGUGAGUUCAACUCCAACAGAGAGACCUAAUAGAAAUGAAGAGGAAGAGAAAGAUAUUCAUUCAUCUACUCCCCUCUAUUUGGAGCUUCAUCCAGAAGGAACCUCGAACUUCAACUCUCCAACUAAAGUAUCACAGAUUACUACGACCAAGGAAAACCAAGAGCCUAAAACUCAAUGGGUGAAACACCUUGAAGAUGAACUAGUAAAGUCUAGGGAAGAGAUUUUUGCAAUACAAUCAGAGCGUGACGAGUGGAAGAAGCGAGCAAAUUUCGCUAGAGAAAGGUUUCAAAGCUUCAAAGAAGAAUCUGAAAAACAUUUGUCUGCGUUGAGAAAUGAAAAUGAAUUAAUAUCAAAUGCAGAGAAGAAAGCUUGCAAUGUAAUUCAUAGUUUACAGUUGCAGAUUGCAGCACAAGAAAACAUUGCAGAGAAAAGAAGACUAGAAGAACAUAUACAAAUGGUAGAGAGUGAAUGUGCUAUGCUGAAGAAAGAACUACAAGAAGAGCACAAACAUGUUCAAUAUCUUUCACUAGAGUAUAACAAGAGCCAUGAGACUACACUAAUUGCUAUAAGAGAAGUAGAAGCGGUAAAACAAGAGCUUCUAGAAGAGCGCGAACAUGUUAAACGAGUUAAAGAGAAUUUUAUUAGAGAUGUUACAGUCGCUGAAUCAAGAGCCAUUUUUGCUGAGGCAAAAUUCAGUGAUCUUCAGAGGAAAAUCAAACUGACAGAUCAUAAGGUUCUUGUCAAGACAGAUAGUUUGGGCAAACCUUCUAUGGCAUGCACUAUAUGUCUGACCAAUGAAAAGGACAUGGCCUUUGGGUGUGGACACAUGACUUGCAGAGACUGCGGAUCAAAAUUAUCAAAAUGUCCGAUAUGCCGGGAGCAGAUAACGAGUCAUAUUAAGUUAUUUCCUGGGUGAAUAAGUAUUUCAGUGCUCAUAUAUUAUUUUCAUGUGGGCACCAAAUAUAUUUUGUACAUAGUGUUACCUGUAGUCUCCAUCAAACCUCUUUUAUACCUUAUUGUGGUGUUUCAUAUUUUUUACUUAAUGUUGCAUUAUCAACUAAAUAGUCAGUUAACUAGCUAGUAUCACAAAGCAACAUAUAGUAUAUAAAUAAUAUUGUAAUAUAUUUGUAGUAUAAUUGUAGUAUGCAGUUAAAGUA